AAUAAGCAGAGUAGCAGACAUCAGAUUAACAUUUUGUCUGCAUUGUUCUUGCUUAGGCCACAACAUUGCGAGGAGUAUUUCUUCUCACUCCAAUCAUCACUGCCUCUUCUCUUGGCUCUUCUGAUCCUAAUAAACAGAGAGCCCAUCAGCCAUAUUUCUCAACCAGCGCUUCUUCAACUCUCAAUACUUGUAAAAACUGCUUCUUGGCUUCAAAAUUUUUUGAUAUGGAGGUAAGUGCCCUAAUGACAAUUCUUGUCACAAGUUUCCUGUUUUGUGUUUCAUCUGUUCAUUGUGUUACAGACCCGAGUGAUUUAGCUAUACUCAAGGAGUUUAAAGAAGGUCUGGAAAACGGAGAGCUCUUGAACUGGCCUGACAAUGGAGAUGACCCAUGCGGUCCUCCGAAUUGGCCUCACAUCUUCUGUUCUGGAAGCAGAGUUUCACAGAUUCAGGUUAGAGGGCUGGGCUUGAAGGGCCCUUUGCCUCAGAAUUUCAAUCAGUUGUCUAUGUUGCAGAAUCUUGGCCUUCAGCAUAACCAGUUUAGUGGGAAGUUGCCAUCUUUUAGUGGGUUGUCUGAGUUGAGGUAUGCUUUCUUGGAUUACAACAACUUUGAGGCAAUUCCGUCAGAUUUCUUUAAGGGGCUUGUGAACUUGGAGGUGUUGGCAUUAGAUGAUAACCCUUUGAACUCCACAACUGGCUGGUCAUUGCCUUCUGACUUGCAGGGUUCAGCCCACUUGAAAAAUCUUAGUCUUGUGAGGUCUAAUUUGGCUGGUCCUCUGCCUGAGUUCUUGGGGUUUAUGUCAUCUUUGGAGGUUUUGAAGUUGUCGCUGAACCGGCUGAUCCUUGCUGAGGAUACUUUGGUUGAAUGGACAGUCUGGUGGUAUGACUGGUCCCAUUGACGUAGUUGCAAGAAUGGAGUCACUCACUAGUCUCUGGCUGCAACGGAACCGAUUUUCGGGUAAAAUCCCCGACGACAUAAGUCAUUUAGUUUCUUUGAAGGAUCUCAAUCUCAAUGGCAAUGAUCUUGUUGGUUUAAUUCCUGCUAGUUUGGCAAAUAUGGCAUUAGCUUAUUUGGAUUUGAAUAACAAUCAUUUCAUGGGUCCUAUACCAAGAUUCAAGGCUGUUAGUGCUACUUAUGGAUCAAACCUGUUUUGUCUUCCCAAUCCAAGAGCUGUGUGUGCUCCGGAUGUUAUGGCCCUGUUAGAGUUUCUUGAUGGGGUGAAUUAUCCGUCCAGGCUAGUUGGAUCAUGGUCGGGCAAUAACCCGUGUAGAGAAUCUUGGCUUGGAGUUGGGUGUGAUCAAAAUGGAAAAGUGAUCAUCAUAAACUUGCCCAACUCUAUGCUUUCUGGUACAUUAAGCCCUUCAAUUGCAGCCCUUGAUUCCCUAACUCGUGUAUAUCUGCAGUCUAACAAUCUAUCUGGUCCAAUUCCUUCAAGUUGGACUAAUUUGAAAUCUUUGGUCCUGUUGAAUUUGAGCCAAAACAACAUUUCUCCUCCUAUUCCGAGAUUUGGUAGCAAAGUAAAGCUUAUCCUAGAUGAAAACCCUCUAUUACAUUCCAAUUCCUCCAAAGAAUUUCCUUCUCAAAGUAAUAACACAUCAUCUAAGGACUUGCCAUCGUCUCCUGUCCCAUCUUCAUCAAGCACCGGUCUGAAUCCCGACUCUACCAGUCCCACAUAUGAAGCCAUUGGAGAGAAACAUUCCGACAGUUUUAAGUUGCUUGUAGUUGUGACCCCUGUUGCCAUCUUUGCCAUUCUGGUUUGUUUGGUUUUGCCACUUUCAAUUUAUUUCUGGAAAAAUAGGAAGGAUAGACCCCCUGCUCCAAGCUCCCUCGUGAUUCAUCCACGAGACUUAUCAGAUUCAGAUAACACAGUCAAGAUUGUGGUUGCGGAUAAUACAAACAGAAGCACUUCUUCCUUGACAACUUGUGGUUCUGCAAGCGUAAACAGCACUGAUUCUCACGUGAUUGAGGCUGGAAACCUGGUCAUAUCGAUUCAAGUUCUUCGGAAUGUGACCAAGAACUUUGCUGCUGAGAACGAACUUGGUCGUGGUGGUUUUGGCGUAGUUUACAGAGGAGAAUUGGACGAUGGAACCAAAAUAGCAGUGAAAAGAAUGGAAGCUGGUGUUAUUAGCAACAAGGCUUUGGAUGAAUUUCGUUCAGAAAUUGAUGUACUUUCUAAAGUUCGUCACAGGCAUUUAGUUUCUCUUUUGGGAUACUCGAUUGCAGGGAACGAAAGAAUCCUGGCUUACGAGUAUAUGCCUCAGGGGCCUCUGAGCAACCAUCUUUUCCACUGGAAGAAACUGCAGCUAGAACCUCUCUCUUGGAAGAGAAGGCUAAAUAUUGCCCUCGAUGUUGCUAGAGGAAUGGAGUACCUUCACACUCUAGCUCAUCAGAGUUUCAUUCACAGAGACCUCAAAUCUUCAAACAUCUUACUUGGUGAUGAUUUUCGAGCAAAAGUAUCAGAUUUUGGUUUAGUUAAGCUCGCUCCUGAUGGAUCACAGAAAUCCGUGGCAACCCGACUGGCUGGAACUUUUGGAUAUCUAGCACCCGAAUAUGCUGUUACAGGCAAAAUCACAACGAAAGCAGAUGUAUUCAGUUUCGGGGUGGUGCUGAUAGAGCUACUAACCGGAAUGAUGGCACUAGAUGAGGGCAGACCAGAGGAAAGCCGGUACCUGGUUGCAUGGUUCUGGCAAAUCAAAUCAAGCAAAGAGGCACUAACGGCUGCAAUAGACUCAGCUCUAGACAUGAAAGACGAAACAUUUGAGAGCAUCUCCAUUAUCUCCGAACUUGCUGGCCACUGCACGGCAAGGGAGCCCGGGCAACGACCCGACAUGGGCCAUGCAGUGAACGUGCUGGCCUCUCUCGUCGAGAAGUGGAAGCCACACCGUGAUGAUACGGAAGAGUAUUGCGGUAUUGAUUAUAGCCUUCCACUGAAGCAGAUGGUGAAGGAUUGGAAAGAAGCUGAAGGGAAAGAAGUGAGCUGUGUGGAGCUUGAGGAUAGUAAGGGUAGCAUCCCUGCUAGGCCUGCUGGAUUCGCAGAGUCCUUCAGUUCAGCUGAUGGCCGUUAGAUUUGGUCUCCUGUUCUGCUGUCUUUGUAUGUUUUGAUCGAUGUAGAUAAUGCUAUUUUUUCAACUGCUGGUAAUCAUAAUGCAAACAUACUUAGCUAUA